UCGUAUGUUAGAGGAGUUGUAGGGGUGUGAUGCCACAACCUGCUUAUAAAGGGGCGCACACAUUGACGCUUGAAAGCAGUGCAUAACGCCUAAUUUUGCAGGUCAUUCACCACACAAAGCCAGCCGUGGACAUGGAGUUGUCAAACGUGGUGGAGACGCUACAGCCUGCCGAGAGAGCGCUCUUCUGGGUCGGUACACUUACCACGGCCUCGCUGACGCUGUGGCUAUUGUACAAGAUUCUUAUUGGCAUUAGGAUAUGGGUGAUAGGAAACGGGGAUCUACUCUCACCCAAAUUGGGAAAAUGGGCAGUUGUGACGGGAGCCACGGAUGGGAUCGGGAAAUCCUACGCGGAGGAGCUUGCUCGACGAGGAUUCUCCAUGAUGCUCAUCAGCCGAUCUCAAGAGAAGCUUGACGACGUGGCAAAGUCUCUCGAGAGCACAUUCAACGUGGAAACGAGGACCAUCGCAGUAGACUAUGGCCAGACUGAUAUCUAUCCUAAAAUUGAAAAGGGUCUUUCUGGACUGGAAAUCGGAGUACUUGUUAAUAAUGUGGGUAUCUCCUAUCCAUACCCCGAGUUCUUCCUGCACAUUCCUGAUUUGGAAAAAUUCAUCGACACUAUGAUCAAUGUCAAUAUCACCUCAGUGUGCCAAAUGACACGUUUGGUGUUGCCUAGGAUGGAGGCAAGAGCAAAAGGUGUCAUUCUCAAUAUCUCUUCUGCCAGUGGCAUGUUCCCUGUCCCACUGUUGACUAUCUACUCCUCUACCAAGGCAUUUGUGGACUUUUUCUCACGUGCACUUAAUGCGGAGUACAAGUGUAAGGGUAUUAUCAUCCAGAGCGUGUUGCCUUUCUUUGUGGCUACCAAGAUGACAAGGAUCAGGAAGCCAACUUUUGAUAAACCCACCCCUGAACGCUAUGUAGCUGCUGAACUAACCACUGUGGGACUUGAGGACCAGACCAACGGCUAUUUCCCACAUGCCGUCAUGGGCUGGGUGACCACCGUUUUGGCCCCCAUCAAGCUGGUCCUCUACCUGGGCUUGCGAAUGAACAAGGCCCAACGUGGAGGCUACCUCAGGAGGAGAAAGCUACGAUAGAUCAAGGACAUCAUGUGAUUGGACAAAAUCGGAAAGUGUUUUACGUGCUGAGAUUUGAGUCGUUCCACGUGUCCACGUGUGUUUGUAUGGUUUUUUUUUUGUGGAAAGAUGUCUGCUUACCGUGCUCAUGUUCCACAAUGACACUUUGUGAAUGAAGAUUUACUGAAAUGUAAGGCCUUGUCUUGGCUUACUGACUUGUAAUAUGUCAUUUUCUCUUUAGGGUGAAGUGUUGCAUUGUUGGGGGGAAGCUUUUGUGCCACUGCUGUUAUAAGCAUGGGUAUAUUUAUAUGGUGAUGGUUUUUUUAUAUUUAUUGACCUUUUAUCUGGGACCGUUUACUUGCACUCUUGAUAACUUGACUGCCUAUUUGCUACUAGUUUACCGUUCUGCCUUAUUCCUUCUGAUAAGUGAUAAAUAGGUGCUGGCCUUUAUCAUGAAUUUAACAGAUCUUUAUGGUGUUUACGAAACCUAUGGUGGCUCAUUUUGAAUCUGCACUGUUGUAUUGUAUUAAUAUGAAACCAAAGGCCUGAAAUGGAUGUUUAUUUUCUGUACUUUUGAACGAUUUUGGUCAGCUUUGGUCUAUUUAAAACCUUUUUUUACAUAGAAUAGAUAUUGGUCGUGUUUAUGAAAAGGAGAUCUUCUGUGUGUAUGGUGGAGCUAUCGCGCGCACACAAAAAAAACAAGUAUUUUUGUUUCCUCCACUGAAGACUUCACUGUGUGGUGGAAAAUCACCCAGUUGUCUUGGUUUUAGCCAAAAGUCGUACUUGAGAAUUACCUCCAUAGCCUAGAUCUCUGUAUGAUGAUAUCGGACCAGUGUCAGUCAGGCUGAAACGUCCAGGUGGUUUUACCUGAUUGGUUGCCUCUGGUUUAAAACUUGAAUGUUCUCAUUCCAGACAUAUCAAAGAGAGGAACACCAUGUGCUGCUUUACUUAUGAUAAUCUGAAGUGCCUGUUUGUUAAUAAAAUUACUUUUCUGUAAUGAUUUUGAAUUUGUCUUUUUUAAUAAAUUUAAUAACACUGUG